AUGCACAUUUUAUUUGGUUUUAUCUUGCAGAUCUUGAAGGGUCCUAUAAAGAACUAUGAUACUGUCUACACUGCUGCACCCGCUGCAACAUGUGGUAUAACUCUCACCAAAGGUGUAGAAUAUUUCUUCACAGGCCCACUACAGGAUAACGGGGCACCAUACGUGUCAGCCUGUGACUAUGUUGUACCCUGGAAAAGCAGCUACAACAUCCUGGUAGAGCGGUAUAGGAUGGGCUGCGGUUGCAAGGUCAAUCGCUGCACCGCUGUCCCGUGUGGAGUCAGCGGCCCAAAUGAGUGCUCGUGGACGGACUGGCUGACGGGGAAUUCUGUCGACGAUGUGAAGAACAAGCAAUGUGCUUGCAUCAAGAGAAGUGAUGGUUCUUGUGCCUGGUACAAGGAGGCCGCCUCACCUGGAAGGGGUUAAUGGACAUUAUAGACCCUAAAAUCUCCAUGAACAGAAUGUAAAUUACUAAUAAAUUCAGUUAACUCAA